CGCUUGAGUGAUGCCCAGAUUGACGGCAUUGCUGCAAGAACAUCAACUGCGGCGAAUCAAAUGUAUGCAGCUCGCGAAAAAAAAAACUCGUAGGCAGCAACGACCUAAUGUUUAGCACGACCCACCUGCAGAGGUGUUUGUCACCGUGAGACCGUGUAUAAAUGCGAGCUCGGCGAGGACAGGCACGAAUGCCAUGAAUACGGUCGAUUCGAAUUCACGAUCUGAGUUCUCCUUCUGCAAUGGAACCAAAAACCCCCAAGGAACUGCCCGCAGGCUACUCGUUCAUUGCUGCCCCACCGCCUUUGGACGAUUAUCUAACGCUCAGAGAGGUUACGGGACUGACUCCCAAAACUGCAUUGCAAGGAUCCAAGGCUCUGGCAGGAUCGUGGUACGCUUGCCACGUCGUCCAUAACUCUGAUGCCGGAAGUCAAGUCGUGGGCAUGGGCCGCGUCAUCGGCGACGGCGGCUGGUAUUUUCACAUUGCAGACAUGGCCGUUCAUCCGGAGCAUCAGAAAAGAGGGCUGGGCGACUUCAUAUUGGGGAAGCUGAUCGAGAAAGUGGAACAUGAUGCGCCGGACAGACCGUACAUCAACCUCGUGGCGGAUCCACCAGGUAUCAAGCUCUACAGCAGGCAUGGAUUUGUGGAGACGUCGACUGUGGGGAGAAAGGGUGUGGGCAUGCAACGGUACUGAGGUCAACUGCUGGAGCGCUAUUUGAGCCCUUGAGAUGGAUCUGUUGGUAUUGUUGUUGGUGUACGAGUUAAUCUUACCCACAACUUUGCCGCUGCGCAAGGCACUCAACGCCUCACGAGCUUGAGACCAGCCAAAUCUUUCUCCGAUGUAGGGAACGAUCUUGUACUUUUCGGCUAGAGCAACCGUCUCCUUGUACAUCUCACUGCUGGCUACGAGCAAACCGCGCACUGCGUCUUGUCAGAAUCAUCUUGCAUGACGUACGAUGUUGGAAAAGAAACACACCAAUCUUCGCCCCCAGUAUCAGCGGAAAUACGACAUCGUAAGUCUUGCUCUCGGUCAAAAACCCCAGAAUCACAACCGUCCCGCCCUGUCUUACGGCGCGCAGGCUUUGCUCGAUCGUCCCCGCACCGGCAACGUCGACGACGAGAUCUACGCCACGACCGUGCGUGAGUUUAAGAACCUCAUCUGCCCAUUCAGGAUGCGUCUGGUAAUUGAUCAGGUCGCUUGCCCCCAAUCCCUUCAGCAGCUUUAACUUUUCC